CCCCACACUUUAGCAUCAAGUCCCGGCAAGGUUAUAUAUACAACGCGAGAUCUUCACACUUUUCAUUGUCUCGCAAAGUCUGCGGUCGCAGGAGGAAGGUGUUUUGUCCAAAGUUCUCUCUGGUGUGUUGAAUUUUGUGCAGUGAAGCGCUUUGUCGCCAUGAAAGCCACAUUGAUUGCAUUCCUUUGCAUUUUACUGCUCUUCGUGAGUCUCUCAGUGGCGGCGCCAAAAGGUGAUUGUCCAGAAACAGAUCCAGACGUCGCAGUGAAGCUCCAUGAUGACACGGAUUGUGAAAAAUAUUAUGUGUGCAAAGCUGGAGAAGCCGUUCUCAAUGAGUGUCCGCCUGGAUUGGGCUUUAGUUUCGUCUUAGACACUUGCACAUAUGCUGGACUUUCGGGUUGCAUGGAUUGAGAGAAGCGCUCAUCGUUUAUUGUUCUGGCAUCAGCAAUAAUCAAGGAAAUAAUAAAUAGGGUGCAAUAUUAA